AAUGUCAUGUCACUAACGACCGGUCAGAGACAAGUUCAUGUAGCGUCUGCUGCUGGCGGAAGGAUCUACUUUCAAGCCCUCGCCUCUCCCUUCGGCCCGACCGACUGCAAGCCCCGCCCGCGAGUCCGCCGCGUCGGUUAGGUCCUCCAGAAACGCGCGCGACCCGCUUGUAUCGGCUGACCAUCGCUUCGUUUCGCUUCCCUAACCCCCCAAACAAGACUCGCCCUCGCUGGCCACACGCGCCGAGGAGGAAGCGCGUCCGUCCUCCCGUCGAGCGAAGCUCUUUACGGCGGCGCUUUCCCCGGUGUCCGGCGACGGCCGUCGAGCAGAAGGCACGGCGACAGUAUGCCGGGCAUGAUGGACAAAGGUUCCGAGUAUUUGGGCAAGGCUCGCUCCAACGGUACCAAGAGUCCGUCCAACGCUUCCAACGGACACUUGACGGACGAAAGCGGCAGUGACGACGAGCACGAUGUCGGGAUGCGAGUGGGAGCCGACUAUCAGGCCGCUAUUCCCGACUUGGAGGCCGGUGAGAGACGGACGGACGGAAGGAAGGAAGGUUCCAGCAAAUAUUCGGAGAAGGACACCGGCGGCAUGUUGGUGUGGUCGCCUACCCACGACAUCGAAGACUCCAAACUGGAUGAGUAUAUCGCCCUGGCUAAAGAGAAGCACGGCUACAACGUGGAGCAGGCGCUGGGGAUGCUCUUCUGGCACAAACACAACAUCGAGAAGUCUUUGGCCGACCUCCCCAACUUUACGCCUUUCCCGGACGAGUGGACGGUGGAGGACAAGGUGCUGUUCGAGCAAGCCUUCAGUUUUCACGGCAAGAGUUUUCACCGCAUCCAGCAGAUGCUUCCAGAUAAGUCCAUCUCCAGUCUGGUCAAGUACUACUACUCGUGGAAGAAGACCCGCUCCAGAACCAGCCUGAUGGACCGCCAGGCUCGUAAAUUGGCCAGCAGGAGCAACCAGGGCGACAGUGACGAGGAGAUGGAAGAGCCCAACGCCGCCGAACCAAACGACAGUGACUACGACCCCAACAGGGAAGCCAAGAAAGAGCAGAACCCGGCGGCGGAGCCAGGCGGCGCCGCCGCACCGGCCUCUAAGUCGACACCUGGCAGACGGGAGCACCAGACGCUCCAGCACCGUCAUCACCAGCGCUCGCGCUGCCGUCCCCCGAAAGGCAUGUACCUGACCCAGGAUGACGUGGUGGCCGUGUCCUGCAGCGCCGCCGCCGCCAACGCCCUUCUGCGCCAGCUGGACAUGGAGCUGGUGUCCCUCAAGAGGCAGGUUCAAAACGCCAAACAAACCAACAGCGGACUCAAGCACUUCUUGGAUCCAGGAAUCAAUGACUUCCGCCUUCCUGAGAGCGCUCAGAAGGUGAAUGCUCGCUGGACCACCGACGAGCAGCUGCUCGCCGUUCAAGGAGUCAGGAAGUACGGCAAAGACUUCCAGGCCAUCGCCGACGUGAUCGGCAACAAAACGCUAGGACAAGUCAAGAACUUCUUCGUCAACUACCGGCGCCGCUUCAACCUGGAGGAGGUGCUGCAGGAGUGGGAGGCGGAGCGAGGCGACGGGGGCGGCGAGGAGUCCAAGAACGCUUCGGCCACACCUUCCGGGAAGAGCACGGACGACGAGGACGACGAGACUCAGGCGGCGUCGGGAGGGUCCCCCGCUGCGGCGGCGGCGACCUCGUCCCGGUGCCAGGGCGGUGGCGUGUCGGGCCCCGCCUCCUCUCUCCAGCAGCAGCCGCCGCCCCUGCUGCGGCCCUCGCUGCCGGCCACGCCCUCCCUGCACCGGCAGCCGCCGCCCCUCCAGCAACAACAGCCUCGCCCCGCCCCUCAGCAGCAGCAACAACAGCAGCAGCCGCCGCCCCUCAUUCGCCCCUCUGACCCCCCUCGUCUCAAUCCCCGUCCCCCGGUCGGCCAGCGCUCGCCGGCGGCGGCGACGCUCCAGCCGUCGGACGGUGCCUCGUCUUCCUCCCUCCACUGAGAACGCACAUUCGCGCGUCAGUGGGGGGCGGGGCUCGCGCAACUUGACAUCGGCAUUUUUAAAAAUGUUCUAUUUUUCAAGUUGGUUUGAACUUUAAAACGUAGUCAGUUAGCUGCCGAUAAGUGUUUUUCACUGGUUAAAAAGAAAUAAAAACUAGAAAAUGGCAUUUGUGGAGAAAUUGCGCGGAGAUGCGUGACUCGCUACCUGUAGAUUUUCCACUAACUGGGAGCGUUUGUUGAUUGGCUGGUCCCUCCCAGUCGACGCGGAUUGGACGAUGGCAGCUAAUGAGUGCCCUAUAUUGAGUAAAACUAAUAUAUCAACUAAAUUAUGAGUUUGAGUGAUUUUUCUGUCUGUG